UCAACAUUCCAACUCUUCUGCAACCCCACACCUAAGACUAAAUAUACACUUAUAUAUAUUAUCUGUAUAUAUUUAUUUCUCAAUUACCCAAUUUGCCCCUCACCGUUCUUCCAUUGUCUCUCUGCCUCUUUGUCUUCUUCUACCCCUCAAACUUGUAUAUAUAUUUAAGAAAACAGAGACACAUCAUCAGCUCGUCUGUGUGUCUAUCUGUUACAUGACACCCACAGAGGCGCCUCAAGCUUUGUCAUUCUCUCAGCUUCGCUUCUCUCACAAUAAUAUUCAAAGCAAGCACAAAGCAAUGCCUGGAUUGGCUAUGGAUGCACCGAAUGGGAACAGUGAAGUAGAUGAACCCAAUGGAGACUAUGCGCCUCAAAAGGAAAGCUAUAGUCAGCAAGGCUCUCCAAGAAGUCCAUUGAGUCCUCAAAGUCCUCAAAGUCCUCAAAGUGGCUCCAUUGGUCUGGCUAUGGAUGGUGGGAUUGACACCUCUAUUGAGCAGUUGUAUCACAAUGUCUGUGAGAUGCAGAGCUCUGAUCAAUCUCCAUCCAGGGCUAGCUUUGGAUCAUUUGGUGCGGAGUCGAGGAUCGAUUCCGAAUUGAACCAUCUUGUUGGAUAUGUUCAUGAGCAUUUGGAGAUACGAAAAAAGGUUGUGUUAGAAACUAAAGAGGCGGGUACUGGUAGUGACUCAACACCUGAGAAAGCAAUUGUGUCUGCUGCUAAAAAGUCCCCAACAACGAGGGUAAAGACACCGUCUGCAAAAUCAAGUCCUAAGAGCAAUUCUCCACAUGAUAAGCCUCCGCUUGAUAAGAGGUAUGAGAUGAAUCCGAAAAAAUCCAAUGCAGUAUUCUCAAAGAACAAGCAGAGAAGUUUUGCUUUACAUGGGGUCAGGUUUCAGAAUGGAGUCGAGGAUCCUCUUGAGGCGAGAUUGGAUAACCCUGACCUUGGCCCGUUCUUGCUUAAACAAGCAAGGGAUUUGAUUGGUUCUGGUGAAAAUCCCCAGAAAGCGCUUGAGUUAGCUCUUCGGGCAGUGAAAUCGUUUGAGAAGUGUACAAAGGAGAAACCCAGUUUAGAGUUGGUCAUGUGUUUGCAUGUUUUGGCAGCAAUCUAUUGCAGCUUAGGCCAGUAUAAUGAGGCAAUUCCAGUUCUUGAGCGUGCCAUUGAUAUUCCAGCUAUAGAGGAUGGCCAAGACCAUGCACUAGCCAAGUUUGCAGGGUGCAUGCAAUUAGGUGAUAUUUAUGCAAUGACUGGUCAGAUUGAGAAUUCAAUACUGUUCUAUACAGCAGGUAUGGAAAUACAAAGGCAAGUCCUGGGAGAAACAGACCCUCGUCUUGGUGAGACAUGUCGAUAUGUAGCAGAGGCCCAUGUUCAAGCAUUGCAAUUCGAUGAGGCCGAGAAGCUCUGCCAGAUGGCUCUUGAAAUUCACAGGGAGAAUGGUUCCCCUGCUUCCCUUGAAGAAGCAGCAGAUAGAAGACUCAUGGGACUUAUUUGUGACUCAAAAGGAGACUAUGAAGCUGCUCUUGAGCAUUAUGUUUUAGCAGGCAUGUCCAUGUCUGCCAAUGACCAGGAAGUAGAUGCUGCUUCAAUUGAUUGCAGCAUUGGAGACGCUUACCUAUCCUUGGCUCGGUAUGAUGAGGCAGUGUUUUCUUACCAGAAAGCACUUACUGUGUUUAAGACAACUAAAGGAGAGAGUCAUCCAGCAGUAGCUUCUGUUUAUGUUCGUUUAGCUGAUCUAUACAACAAGAUAGGAAAGUUUAAGGAAUCAAAGUCGUACUGUGAAAAUGCACAUCGAAUUUAUGGGAAGCCCAAUCCUGGCACCCCCUCAGAAGAGAUUGCUAGUGGUCUUAUUGAUGUUUCUGCUAUCUAUCAAUCUAUGAAUGAUUUGGAGCAAGCCCUGAAGUUACUCAAGAAGGCUUUGAAAAUCUUUGGUGACGCCCCUGGCCACCAAAGCACAACUGCAGGAAUUGAGGCUCAGAUGGGGGUCAUGUACUAUAUGAUGGGAAAUUAUUCUGAUUCUUAUGACACCUUCAAGAGUUCCAUAUCAAAGUUUAGGGCCACUGGAGAGAAGAAAUCUGCCUUGUUUGGUAUUGCUCUCAACCAAAUGGGUCUAGUCUGUGUUCAGCGUUAUUCAAUAAAUGAGGCUGCAGACCUGUUUGAAGAAGCACGGAACAUCUUAGAAAAGGAGUAUGGGCCAUAUCACCCUGAUACAUUAGGGGUGUAUAGUAAUUUGGCUGGCACAUAUGAUGCAAUGGGAAGAUUGGAUGAUGCCAUUGAAAUUCUGGAAUAUGUUGUUGGCAUGAGAGAAGAGAAACUUGGAACAGCAAAUCCUGAUGUGGCCGAUGAGAAGCGGAGGUUGGCUGAGUUGUUGAAAGAAGCAGGCAGGGUUCGGAGCAGGAAACCCAGAUCAUUAGAGACACUUCUUGACACUGCCAACUCCAGAAUCAUUGAAAAUGGCAUCAUUGAGGUAUUAUGAUGCAAUCAAGUAUAUAGGCUCGUAUAUGUAAAGGAUGUCCUAGUAGAGGUUUAUUUGGUUUGCGAUUGUUAGGUGGUCGUGGAAAUUUUUAAAGAAUAAGUAAAUGACAGCAGGAAAGAGAUUCUGGUAUGAGUUUAAUAAUUCCAAUAUUUGUAAGUGUCAAAAGAAAAAGGUUUGCUUAUUAUUGCUUCAAUUGUUUCUAGACGUGAUAAAAUUCCUUUGUCAGAUUCUUCUUUGUAUGUCUCAAUGUUAAUACUCAAUAAAGAAUUGGUGGAGCAUCAUUUUCU